AAAAUGCACGCAACAUGGACGUCCGAUGCCGCAAUUACGAUGUCAUACAUCAUUCAACAAAUGUGCAUCACCUAAUUAAGUUCGGCUCCACACAUCCGGUUUUCUACCGUGCGGCGACGGUGCGGUUACAAAAUUCUGCGGUCCAAAAUUCUGUACAUUAAAUUGAAAAAUUUUCCUAGGUGAACGUACGGUCGACGCAAACGCAUAUACGGUCGCGCAGUACGCAUUCAUAUAUCGGUCGGUGCACACGUACGUUGCUUUUCUGCGAAAUGACCGAGUCAAGCAUUGAAGAUUCUGCAUUGGACAUAGAACUUUUCAUUGAAGAAGUGAAAAAAUUCCCCGAAAUAUGGAAUGUGGCAGCAGAAGAAUAUCACGAUAGAACGAAGAAGAGAAGUGCCUGGCUUGAGAUCUGUCGUGUUUUUUACGAUAAAUUUGACGAAAGACAUGAGCGGGAUAAAAAUGAAAUACGUAAUAGAUUAAAUAAGAAGUGGAGGAACGUCAGGGACAAUUUUCUUAAAAGUGUUAAAAAGAGAACGAGAUCUGGACAUGCGGCUGAGAGAAGCAGACGGUAUAUUUAUGCUCGUCAGUUGACAUUUCUUCAACAAGCUGGCAUCACUAUAAAACAAUCUAGUUUAGAAGAUCAGGACGAACAGCAGUCUCAAGAUGGAACUGAGACUAAAGCAAGGCUAGAUCCACCACACAAACAUAAAACUCGAAAAUGGAAACAUGAUACCGAGUCAACAAUAACUGAACUUACGAAAACUACAAUACCAUCUCAAUCAGAAUCUGAUCAACCAGAGUAUAAUGCAGACAAAUCAUUUUUUGAUAGCCUUAUUCCAUCAUUGAGUGAAUUUAGCGAAGAUCAAAAAUUGGAGUUCCGUAUUGAAAUCUUAAAUAUUAUUAAAAAGAUGAGACAACAGAACAGUGCCUCAAGUAAUACAAAUCCAUAUAGAAAAAGAAAUGGAUAUGCGUAACAAGACUAAAAACUUCCACGAUCUACGCCUAUAAUUUUGUUAUCACAUUGUGUUUCGAAUAGUUAUUAAGAAUAAUUAAAACUGUUCCUCUAUUUCUCUAAAUAUUUAAACUAUUAUAAAUAAUUAAUUUUCUAACCACGUAGAAUUAGUUAAUGUAUUUUUGGAAUAAAAACAUCUGGAAUAAAGUCUUGGCCAGUAGAACAUUA